AUGAAUUCAAAAGAGUCAGACAUUUAAUAGGUUGAACAGGUGAUUGAAAAUGUUGAAAAUACAGAAAAUAUUGAUACCACCAAUACUGAAUAACUACUUGAUUUCACUAAUAUGUUUAAAUCUCAAAAAGUAGCAAAACCUAAAUUACUAAAUAGAUAAUAAUAAUAACAAUAAUAAUAACAAUAAUAAUAACAAUAAUAAUAACAAACAACUUAAUCUACAGAAGAGCAAAACAAUAAAUCAAUUAAAAAUACAGUACCAAGAAAUCUAACAAUAACCUAAGAAAAAAUGAGUUAAAGAAGAUGUUUAGAUGUUCGUAGAUGGUAUAGCUUGAGCAGACCACAAUACUAAAGAAGCUGUGGAAUUUCAUCUGUUGUUACUUGUUGGAAUUACUUAUUUUCAACUUUAGGAGUAGGAAAUUUAAAUCCACUUUCUUAAGAAGAUGUAAUAGUUUCAUUAGGGUAUUUAUAAUUCCUAUUUAAGUUUGACAAGCGAAGUAGGACCACAUUUUAAUGAUGUUGAAUUUGGAUCCUUUAGUGGAAAUAUGUCUUUAAUUUCUUGGUUUAAAAAUAUAUGUAGAUUACAAAAAGUAUAAGGAAGAGCUUAUUUUUUAUGGAAGAAUGAAGGAGAUUUUGCAACACCAGGUGUUGACAGAGAUGUUGCACUUCAAAAAUUAACUAAUGGAUUAAAAACUGAUAAAAUUUCAUUUAUUUAUCAUGCAUAUGACCAUUAUUUCUGUCCUAUUGGUUAUGAAUGUACUCCUAAUAAACAAGUUGAAGCUUUUGCUGAUGAAAUAGAUUAUAAUGAUUGUCAAUAUUGGAUUAUUAUAGCAGAACCUGCUAAACCUUAUCCUAUGUUUACAGUUAGAAAAUGGGUUGAUAUUGCUUAAGAUUUAGAAUUAAAAUAUCCUUAAUACAUGAACAUUAGAAAAAUGGAUGAAGGAAUUAAGAAUUAUAAAUAUGACAAGGGAGUAAGUUAACAUUGCAUCAUGGCAUUCGAAAGAAUAGAUCCUAAACCAAAAAAAGUGAUAGAAAAAAAAGAAAAGAUAAAUUCAAAUGAAGAAUCUAAAAUUAUUAAGAACAAUUAAACAGAUUAAUAAAAUGAAGGACCUGAACAAAUAUCUGAAAAUAUUCAAAAUAUAGAACCAAUUAAUAAUGAUUUAGUUAAGCAAAAUGAUUAAUCAUGAG